AUGGAUUCCGAGGAAGAGUACAUGUCGGCUCUUUCGAGCGACGACGAGAUGAUGCAAGACGAUAGCGGCGACGAGAUGUCAGCAGGCGAAGACUUUGACGAUGAAGAUUUUGACGAGCCCGACCCUGAUUUUGGCCUGGUUAAAGACGCCGAAAAGAAGAAGAAAGCAGCCCAUGUGGUAUCAUACAAAGUCUACGAACCGAGCGAUAUUCAACGCCAACAAGAUGAAAUGAUUGCCGAAGUCAACAUGAUCCUAGAUAUGCAGAAGCAGGACGCAGCUAUCCUGCUUCGCCAUUUCCGAUGGAACAAGGAACGCUUGUUAGAAGAUUACAUGGACAGACCAGAAAAGGUCCUGGAAGCUGCUGGAAUGGGUAGCAAUACAGCUAGCUCCCCGAAGCUCGAAGUUAUUCCUGGGUUUACCUGCGAUAUCUGCUGUGAGGAUGAAGAGGGACUUAAGUCAUUUGCCAUGAAGUGUGGUCAUCGAUACUGUCUAGACUGCUACCGACACUACCUCACGCAAAAGAUUCGCGAAGAGGGCGAGGCUGCCAGAAUUCAGUGUCCAUCUGACGGAUGUGGUCGCAUCAUUGAUUCAGCAUCACUAGAUGUUCUUGUUACCUCAGCGCUGGCGGAUCGAUAUCAAGAACUCCUCAACAGGACAUACGUUGAGGAUAAGGACAAUUUUAAGUGGUGUCCUGCUCCCGACUGCCCCAACGCUCUUGAGUGUGGUGUGAAGAAGAAGGAUUUGGGUAAGAUUGUCCCUACUGUCGAAUGUCGAUGUGGCUAUAGGUUCUGCUUUGGCUGUCCGAACCCGGAUCACCAACCGGCGCCCUGCGAGUUGGUCAAGAAGUGGUUGAAGAAGUGUGCCGACGACUCGGAGACCGCUAACUGGAUCUCGGCCAACACCAAAGAAUGCCCAAAGUGCAACUCGACUAUCGAAAAGAACGGAGGCUGUAACCACAUGACGUGUCGAAAGUGCAAGUAUGAAUUCUGCUGGAUGUGCAUGGGACUAUGGUCUGAGCACGGAACCAGUUGGUACAACUGCAACAGAUACGAGGAAAAGAGCGGUUCCGAGGCUCGGGAUGCGCAGGCCAAGUCGCGUACAUCCCUUGAACGUUAUUUGCACUACUACAACCGCUACGCCAACCACGAGCAAUCGGCCAAACUGGACAGAGAUAUUGCACAGAAAACAGAAAAGAAGAUGGUUCAGUUGCAAACUGCCUCUGGCAUGUCUUGGAUUGAGGUACAAUAUCUCAACUCGGCCUCCCAGGCCCUACAAACCUGUCGACAAACGCUCAAAUGGACGUAUGCCUUUGCUUUCUAUCUCGCAAGGAACAACCUAACAGAGAUAUUUGAGGACAACCAAAAGGAUCUCGAGAUGGCCGUGGAGAAUCUAUCUGAGAUGUUUGAGAAGCCGAUUACGGAAUUGUCUGACUCGAAGCUCAAAGUCGAUAUCAUGGACAAAACCUCAUACUGUAACAAGCGCCGUGUUAUCCUGCUGGAAGAUACGGCCGAGAAUUUGGCAGCUGGUGAAUGGAAAUUCAAUCCCGAUCUUCUGACCGCCACUACCUCUGCUCCUGUCAACCGUCGCUGA